AACAUACAUUGCAACCUUGAAAGUCUUUAACUUUUAAAAGUUUUCCAACAUAUUAAAAUAGCAAACCACCAAUGGAAACAGAAAGAUACAUGAACUAACUAUGCAUGUGCAUGGUGAAUAUAAAGUGAAAAAUGCCAUGUAUUACAGUGCUGAGCUCUGAGCUCUCUGGGAACAUUCCUAAUUGAGUUUGCUUUGAAGAAGUUCUCAACAGGUUUGAGUUGGGAUUACCUUCACACGGUGACAGUUUACCAGGGGAAAUAUUGUGUGCCUUAGCAAAAUAAACCCCCCCUGGGAAGAGGGAAGGUUAGGAGGGGAUUGUGGCGGGGGCUGUCAAAGGCAGCAGCAUGAUGGGAGAACGAAAAGAGGGCUGACUGAGGGGAAGGCUGCUAUUUUAAUCCGGGCUGCCUCAGAGAUUAGCCCACCACAUUGUUUUAAUUGUUUUAACGCUCGCUUGUAGGGGAUCCUUGGCAUAAAUCUCCCAAAUUCAAUAGUUUCAAAAACUUGAGCCCUGUGCCACCCCCACACUUCAGUCCUCAUCCCACCUAAUCCCAGCUAAUACCUUUCUUUCUAUUGGCUAAUGGUUGAAGGGAGCCUGGCUAAAUGCUUCUUAAAUAGUGCAAGCCGACAAUGCUUGCAAGGAACUGAGACAGACUGGGAGCUCCCGCACUGGGGAUAUACGCUGCCACCGCACUGAGAACUCCUCAAAAAGACAAGAUUACUAUCUCAGCAUGUUCCCCCUGCAUGGCGUCAAUGCUGCGAUGCUGCUGGAGCUCCACCAGCAGAUGGCGCCACAGUACAGCAACAUCUUCACCACGGCCAGCCCCGCGGUGCGCACCCUGUCGGUGGCCGAGAGACUUGCAGAACUUAUACUGGAGGCACGCUAUGGGAAUCCGCAGAAGCAGCGGCGCAGCCGUACGGCCUUCACGGUGUCCCAGCUGCAGGCUUUGGAGAAAGCUUUUGAGCAGACCCAGUACCCUGAUAUCAGCAUGAGAGAGAGACUGGCAGUUUGCAUCAACUUGCCCGAGGCUCGCAUUCAGGUGUGGUUUAAAAACAGAAGAGCAAAGUAUCGCAAAGGCCAAAGGUGCAUACCUCUCUCCAAAGACAAAAAUACAGAGGUGACACAACAUGACAGCAAGCUGGAAGAGGAGGACAGCCAAAACACGGACAUAUUACCCACUGAAAGAAACAUCCCACUCAGGCGACCCGUGUCGGAUAAAAGAAGAGAUCUUUGCUCCCAUACAGACUCACAUCUCAUCUCUUGGUACCCCCUGCGACUCCCGUCCCCUUCACAUUUCCCUUUCAUGCCAGGCCAGAGUUACAGCCACCCACCGUGCCAGCCAUUUUUUGGGAUGCUUUCUGGAGAGUUUGUCGCCCCUCCAGAGUUCUGGCCCUUCACACAGGAACAGAGCCUGGACCUGGGGGCACCUCCGUCAACCAUGACUAAAAACUGCAGCCUCUCCCUUCAGACUGCUUGUUCUAACAAAGCUGUGCUGUAUCCUAACAUGGGUUUGUAGUAACUGUGGAUUUGGGUUCAAUGUGCACUCUUGGAGGUUGCGUGGACGUGCGUGCGUGCGUGCGCGCGCACGCGCGCGCGUGUAUGCGUGUGUGUGUGUGUGUGUGUGUGUGUG